UUCUGGGUUGAUGACAGUAAUGAUGGCACUAGUAUAGUUGACUUGGCUAUGACAUCUGCUAUGUCCUGUGUCUGAGUCCUACCCAAUUUAUAACCCUCCAACAACCCAAUUCACUCUCACAAACUCAACAUCAAAUUGAAGACAACAGAAGAAAACUUUAAACACAACACAACAAUGUCCCAACCCAGAUUCAGUCCCACGAUCUCCCUCUGUGUGGCACUUGUUCUGUUCCAAAUCUGCAAUGGACAAUCAUUUGUGGACCACAAUGAAACCAUUGUGAUGACCAAAAGGGUUUGCACGAAGAGCAUUGGGGAGUGCUUGAUGGAGUCUGAGAUGGAUUCUGAGAGCAACAGAAGAGUGCUGGCAAUGCAGAAAAAGUACAUUAGCUAUGACACACUGAAGAGAGAUAUGGUUCCGUGUGAUAGGCCUGGAGCUUCUUACUACAAUUGUCAUGCAAUGCGAGCAAAUCCUUAUAGUAGAGGCUGUGAGGUAAUUACUGCAUGUGCAAGAGGUCAAGCCAUCAAAACUUAAUACAUUACAAUGGAUGAUGAAGGAAGGAACGUGGGCCCAGUCUUUCUCAGUUCCUCCUUCUCUUUUGCCCUUUCUUUCAUCUAAUCCUGUUUUGUUUUUCUUAUGAGCUUUCCUCUGUAGUUAAGGUCAUGCUUUUACAUGUUUUCUGUUUUACUUCUAAACAUAUAUGACCAGCGUAUCUAUGAAAGUGUUUAAUUUUCCUUCCUAGCAGAUGUCACAUUUUCCUUGGCGUUAUCAUGCCUAGUUGAUCCUAAUACAAUUGAUAGAAAUUUGUUGCUACUA